AUGAUCGAUUCCAAGCCUCAUCUCCGUCUCUCUAGUGUUGUGUCCAUGUGGGAAUCCAAGAUCUUUUGUAACUCAUCACCGAUGCCUAGAAUCUUCUCUUCCCUCGCCAUUACCUCCUACACCCCCCCGGGCAACGGAGAAACAACAACAAUUUUGGUUCAAGAAGUUUUUACUGGAUUACUGUCACUUUUCAAUAACGAGUACUAUCCUAUUUGGUUCAAGAAGUCAAAAACAAGAACUCCAGCAGGAAGG